AUGGAGCUGGCUUGGAAUUCAGUGUUUAUUGUCCUCCUAAGCUUUUCAUCCUGGGGGUUAGAUUGGGAAUCUGAUACAAACUUCAUUUCAGCUGCUGGUCCUCUCACCAAUGACCUGAUGUACAACCUGGGUGGUCCACCGGGAACCCAGGGUUCUAACUUUGUAGCAGAGGACAAAAGCGUUUAUGUUUGUCAACAACCACUGCCUUCUUCCCUGCCGGAGUACUUCAGUCGUGUUCAUGCCAGUGAGAUCACCCAUUAUAAAGUAUUUCUGCCAUGGGCACAACUUCUCCCAGCAGGAAGUUCCGAGAACCCAGACAGCAAGACAGUGCAGUGCUACCGGCGAUUCCUUGAGAUCCUCAAGAUGGCGAAGCUUCAGCCCCUGGUCGUUCUGCAUCACCGGACCCUCCCUGCCAGCACCAUCCUGAGAAGUGCAGUCUUUGCUGAUCUCUUUGCGGACUAUGCCACAUUCGCCUUCCACUCCUUUGGGGAGCUGGUUGAGAUCUGGUUCACGUUUAGUGACUUGGAGGAGGUGAUAAAAGAGCUUCCCCAACAGGAAUCAAGAGCUUCACGUCUCCAGACCCUCACUGAUGCCCACAGAAAAGCCUAUGAGAUUUACCAUGAAAAAUAUGCUUCUCGAGGUGGAAAGCUCUCUGUGGUCCUGCGAGCUGACGCCGAUUCAGAGCUCCUGCUGGAACCGUCCGCAUCUUUGCUUACCAAGGGCACUGUUGAUUUCCUCUCUCUUGAUUUGUCUUACAAAUGCCAAAGUGAAGCAAGUUUGCCACAGAAGCUGAGUAAAUUGCAGACUAUUGAGCCAAAAGUGAAAAUUUUCAUCUUCAAUCUGAGAUUCCAGGACUGCCCUUCCACCAGGAAGAACUCAACCGGGCUGCUCUUUAGCCUUCUCGAGGCCGUACGUGAACACCAGGUUCUCUUCACUGGGUUUGAUCUUAAUACGCUCCUAAGCUGUUCACGAAGCUCCAAGACAAGCAGGCCCUGCUCACCGACGGCCGGCCCGUCCCUUCAAGCGGCGGCGCUGCGGGCCGUGUGGCCGCCGCGGGCCUCGGCCUACCAGAGAGUCUGGAGGACGUUUGCCAGCCGGUCCGGGGCCGAAAGAGACGCUUUCCUGCGGGAUGUUUUCCCCGAAGGCUUCCUCUGGGGCGUCUCCACGGGGGCCUUUAACGUGGAAGGCGGCUGGGCCGAGGGUGGAAGAGGACCGAGCAUCUGGGACCCCCUGGGGCGCCCGAACGCCUCCCAGGGCCCCGCGACGCCGGAGGUGGCCAGCGACAGUUACCACAAGGUGGACACCGACGUGGCCCUGCUUCGGGGCCUCCGAGCUCAGCUGUACAAGUUUUCCAUCUCCUGGUCCCGAAUCUUCCCCAAUGGGCGCGGGCGCCAGCCCAGCCGCCGGGGCGUCGCCUACUACAGCAGGCUCGUGGACAGCUUGUUGGACGCGGGCAUCCAGCCCAUGGCCACGCUCUUCCACUGGGACUUGCCCCAGGCGCUGCAGGAGCACGGCGGGUGGCAGAACGACAGCGUGGUGGACGCCUUCCUGGACUACGCGGCUUUCUGCUUCGCCACCUUCGGGGACCGCGUGAAGCUGUGGGUGACCUUCCACGAGCCGUGGGUGAUGAGCUACGCAGGCUAUGGCACUGGCCGACACGCGCCGGGCAUCUCAGACCCGGGGGUGGCCUCUUUUAAGGUGGCUCACUUGGUUCUCAAGGCUCAUGCCAGAGUGUGGCACCACUACAAUAGCCACUAUCGUCCACGGCAGCAGGGAAGCGUGGGCAUUGUGUUAAACUCAGACUGGGCAGAACCUCUGUCUCCAGAGAGGCCUGAGGACCUCAGAGCCUCUGAACGCUUCUUGCAUUUCAUGCUGGGCUGGUUUGCACACCCCAUCUUUGUGGAUGGAGACUACCCUGCUGUCCUGAAGGCCCGGAUCCAACAGAUGAACCAACAGUGCCCCAGUCCUGUGGCCCAGCUCCCUGAGUUCACUGAGACAGAGAAGCAGCUCCUAAAAGGCUCCGCUGAUUUUCUGGGUCUGUCUCAUUAUACCUCCCGCCUUAUCAGCAAGGCCCAAGAAGAUUCUUGCAUCCCCAGCUAUGAUACCAUUGGAGGCUUCUCCCAACAUGUGGACCCUGCAUGGCCCCAGACCUCAUCCCCUUGGAUUUAUGUGGUGCCCUGGGGUAUAAGGAGACUGUUGCAGUUUGCAUAUUUGGAAUAUACAAGAGGAACAGUUCCGAUCUACCUGGCUGGGAAUGGCAUGCCCAUAGGGGAGACCGAAGAUCUCUUUGAAGAUUCCUUGAGAGUAGACUACUUCAAAAAAUAUAUCAACGAGGUGCUCAAGGCUGUUAAGGAGGACUUGGUGGAUGUUCGAUCUUACAUCGCUCGUGCCCUCAUGGAUGGCUUCGAAGGCCCCUCUGGUUAUGGCCAGAGGUUUGGGCUGCACCACGUCAGCUUCAAUGAGAGCAGCAAGCCAAGAACUCCCAGGAAGUCUGCCUACUUUUUCACCAGCAUCAUUGAAAAGAAUGGUUUCCUUCCCAAGGUAGUAAAGAGACUGCCACCACCCGGUACAGCAAACUUUCCGCCUAAAAUGAGAGCCUUCACUUUUCCAUCUGACGUGCCCUCCAAGGCUAAAGUAGUUUGGGAAAAGUUCUCCAACCAACCCAAGUUUGAAAGAGAUCUGUUCUACCAUGGCACUUUCCGGGAUGACUUUCUGUGGGGCGUGUCUUCAUCAGCCUAUCAGAUUGAAGGAGCUUGGGAUGCUGAUGGCAAAGGCCCCAGCAUCUGGGAUAACUUCACCCACACACCAGGGAGCAGUGUGAAAGACAAAACCACUGGAGACAUCGCCUGUGACAGCUAUAACCAAUUGGAUGCUGAUCUGAAUAUGCUUCGAGCUUUGAAGGUAAAGGCCUAUCGCUUCUCUCUCUCCUGGUCUCGGAUUUUCCCAACAGGGAGAAACAGUUCUAUCAACAGACAUGGUGUUGAUUAUUACAACAGGCUGAUCAAUGGCUUGGUGGCAAGCAACAUCUCACCCAUGGUGACACUGUUCCACUGGGACUUGCCCCAGGCCCUCCAGGAUAUUGGAGGCUGGGAAAAUCCUUCCUUGAUUGAGUUGUUUAACAGCUAUGCGGACUUUUGUUUCCAGACCUUUGGGGACAGAGUCAAGUUCUGGAUGACCUUUAAUGAGCCCACAUACCAGGCAUGGUUAGGUUACGGCUCAGGGGAGUUUCCUCCACAGGUGAAGGACCCAGGCUGGGCACCUUACAGGAUUGGCCAUGCAAUCAUCAAAGCUCAUGCCAGAGUCUAUCACACUUAUGAUGAGAAAUAUAGGCAGGAACAGAAGGGGGUCAUCUCUUUGAGCCUCGGUACACACUGGGCAGAGCCCAAGUCACCGGAGAUCCUGAGGGACGUGGAGGCAGCUGACCGAUCACUGCAGUUCUCACUGGGCUGGUUCGCCCACCCCAUUUUCCGAAAUGGAGACUAUCCUGAUGCCAUGAAGUGGAAAGUGGGGAAUAGGAGUGAACUUCAACACUUAGCCACCUCCCGCCUGCCAAGCUUCACUGAGGAAGAGAAGAGGUACAUCAGAGCUACAGCUGACGUGUUCUGCCUCAACACCUACUACUCCAGAAUUGUGCGGCACAAAACGCCCAGGUUAAACCCACCCUCCUAUGAAGAUGACCAGGAGAAAACUGAGGAGGAGGACUCUUCAUGGCCUUCCACAGCAAUGAACAGAGCUACGCCCUGGGGGACGCGAAGACUGCUCAACUGGAUCAAGGAAGAGUACGGUGACAUCCCCAUUUACAUCACUGAAAACGGAGUGGGGCUGAGUAAUCCGAAAGUGGAAGAUACCGAUAGGAUAUUUUACCACAAAACCUACAUCAAUGAAGCUUUGAAAGCCUACAGACUGGAUGGUGUAGACCUUCGAGGCUAUUCUGCAUGGUCUCUGAUGGACAAUUUUGAGUGGCUGAAUGGCUACACAGUCAAGUUUGGACUGUACCAUGUUGAUUUCAGUAACACAAACAGGCCUCGCACAGCCAGAGCCUCGGCCAGGUACUACAUGGAGGUCAUCACCAACAAUGGCAUGCCACAGCCCAGGGAAGAUGAGUUUCUCUAUGGACAUUUUCCCGAGGGCUUCAUCUGGAGUGCAGCUUCUGCUGCGUAUCAGAUUGAAGGCGCAUGGAGAGCAGACGGCAAAGGACUCAGUAUUUGGGACACAUUUUCUCACACACCACUGAAGGUGGGCAAUGAUGACACUGGCGACGUGGCCUGUGACAGUUACCACAAGAUUGCUGAGGACGUGGUCGCCCUGCAGAACCUGGGUGUGUCCCACUAUCGCUUCUCUGUCGCCUGGUCACGCAUCCUCCCGGAUGGAACCACCAAGUACAUCAAUGAAGCGGGUCUCAACUACUACGUGCGGCUCAUUGACGCGCUGCUGGCUGCCAACAUCAAGCCCCAGGUGACCAUGUACCACUGGGAUCUGCCACAGGCACUCCAGGAUGUUGGAGGCUGGGAGAAUGAGACCAUUGUGCAGCGGUUUAAAGAGUAUGCAGAGGUGCUCUUCCAGAGGCUUGGGGACAAGGUGAAGUUUUGGAUCACCCUGAAUGAGCCUUUUGUCAUUGCUAACCAGGGCUAUGGCUACGGGACAUCAGCUCCAGGAAUCUCCUUUAGGCCUGGCACUGCCCCCUACAAUGUUGGCCACAACCUCCUAAAGGCUCAUGCUGAGGCCUGGCAUCUGUACAAUGAUGUGUACCGCGCCAGGCAAGGUGGCGUGAUUUCCAUCACCAUCAGCAGUGACUGGGCUGAGCCCAGAGACCCCUCCAACCAGGAGGAUGUGGAGGCAGCCAGGAGAUACGUUCAGUUUAUGGGAGGCUGGUUUGCACAUCCUAUUUUCAAGAAUGGCGAUUACAAUGAGGUGAUGAAGACACGGAUCCGUGAUAGGAGCUUGGCCGCAGGCCUCAGCAAGUCUCGGCUCCCAGAGUUCACGGAGAGUGAGAAGAGGAGGAUCAAUGGCACCUAUGACUUUUUUGGGUUCAAUCACUACACCACCAUCCUGGCCUACAACCUUGACUAUGCCUCUUGGAUCUCUUCCUUUGAUGCAGAUAGGGGAGUUGCCUCCAUUACAGAUCGCUCCUGGCCUGACUCUGGUUCCUUCUGGCUGAAGGUAACACCUUUUGGCUUCAGGAAGAUACUGAACUGGUUAAAGGAGGAGUACAACAACCCCCCAAUUUAUGUAACAGAGAAUGGAGUGUCCCAACGGGGAGAAAUGGACCUCAAUGACACCCUAAGGAUCUACUACCUCCGCAGUUACAUCAAUGAAGCCCUCAAAGCUGUGCAGGAUAAGGUGGACCUUCGAGGAUACACGGUUUGGAGUGUGAUGGACAACUUUGAGUGGACCAUAGGCUUUGCAGAGAGGUUUGGUCUGCAUUUUGUGAACUACACAGACCCUUCUCUGCCAAGAAUCCCAAAAGCAUCAGCCAAGUUCUUCGCCUCUAUAGCCCGGUGCAAUGGCUUCCCUGACCCAGCUGCAGGGCCGCACCCUUGCCUCCAGCCAGAAGCUGCUGGACCUAACGUCAGCCCCCUGCAAGAGGAGGAAGUUCGGUUUCUGGGGCUAACACUAGGAGCGACAGAAGCCCAGACAGCUUUGUACGUACUCUUUUCGCUGGCAAUUCUCGGUGUCUCCUGUGUUACAUUUCUGUCAUACAAGUACUGUAAGCACUCCAAACAAGGGAAAACACCAGCAGGCCAACAGGAAUUGAGCACUAUUUCUGCAUUCUGACCCACAAGUUACCACUUGCUCCAGUUCUGCAAAAUAAGCCGAGUUUGCCUGUAUACCUUCACUGCCCACAAAACUCCUUAGGACCUUCUACUCUGCCCAUGCCAGAUUUCUUCACAAUGGCCUUCACUGUUAGAGACUACAUGAAUCUUGAAGGCUCUCAAUCUCUAAUUAAAAUGGAAAUACAUGCAUCUUGUCCCAGUAUCAGGAAUUUAUUAGAGCACUAGAAGACCCUGCACCUGGCUCUUGUGGAAAUAGUAAAAACCAUAGCAAUCCUUUUUAUAAAACAUCAACUCCACUGUGCAGAUAGACUGCAUUGUCAUCUCCUGCCCUCUCUUCAAAUUGCCUCUCAGCCUCAGACCUUGUGUUGCUCAGAAAAGAAAAAUGGUACUGUGAGCUAUGUCCUAUAUCCUAUGGCUGCUUCUCCUUGAGAAGGCAGGUUCCACAGAAUUUAUGCAGUCACACAAGCCCUCUGGGGCUUCUAAGCUUUUCCACCAGACCCAUGCUUUCUGCUUAUAUUACAUAUUCCCUGAGCAGAGAUACCCUAACAUUCAAAGAGAGAUGACCUCUGAAUGAUCCCUUACUCCUCUCAUAGCCACCUUUUAUGUCCUUCCUGCCUUUCCCCUGCCCAGGAUGACUUCUAAGGACCCAAGAAUAGCCUUCAAGGCCCAUGUAAUCUGCCCUUGGUUCACUGUUUCUUUUCUUUCCCUCUCAAUUUGUGGUAAUUCUGAACCUUGUGUAAGCCCUUGACUAUACCCUCUUCCUUUGUGUCUUUGCAAAUACUAUUCCAAAUACUAUUCUUCUCCCUAGGAUGCCCCUUCUUCUGAAAAUGCCCUUCAAAUCUCAGCUCAAAUAAUGCACUUUUCCCUCUGCAUAGCUUGCCCUGAAUUCCUCAAAACAUUCCUUCCUCUACUUUGCUUAUAAAUAUCCCCUAUUACAACUUGUCCAUAUUAUACUGGAAGUGUGUAUUUCUCUACUAUCAGCCUCUUGAGGAUAAAGGACCAUGUCUCACUGUCCCUAGCAAGCACAUUUUGCAGACAGGGCACAGAAAGCACACCUGCUCCUUUUGUGUGUUCAUUCACAAAACACAUCCAAAGUAGUGGUGGAAGCACAGAAAGAUGAUGUGGUCUUUUAUCAAUUCCCUACAAUGUGCUAAUAAUAGACAAUCUCGGUACAGAAUACUUAAACACUUAUUUGGUCUAUACAUUCUUUAUAGAUAUCAGGGAGGAUGUUAUUUAUAAAUAAAGAGUAGUUUUCAGCUAGAUUUAAAACAGUGAUCAUGGGGUGCCUGGCUGCUUGGUCGGUGGAGCAUGCUACUCUUGACCAGGGGGUCAUGAGUUGAGCCCCACAUGUGGUGUGUUUACUUAAAAUUAAAUAAGUGACUGAUUAUGCUUGAAAUUUUGUUUCUUGCAGGCAUGCCUUACCUGAAUUUGUUGUAUCUAUAGAAAAUUCCUAUCAAAUGUUUCACUGCUGGGGGCCCCAACCGACAAUUUAUGGUAUAGAAACAAUUUUCCUCCAUCAAUAGAUUGGAAAAGUUUGUCAGAUGGGGA